GUUGAGAGGCGGGACCAAAGAGCCAGAGCUCAACCCCCGAAAGCACAACUAGCCAUGACUGGAGAUUACAUCUACGUCGCCUUGGUGACGGCUCUCAUGCUGGGUGUUGGCGAGGGCCUUCGUCCAAUGAUACUGGACUCGAACGGAAAGAACGUGAGCAAAGAGAUUGUCAAUUCUGAAGAAGAGGAUGUCAUCUUGGUGUGUGAAGGCACAGAACCUGUGCACUGGUACCACAUUGUCUAUAAAACCGAAGAGAAGAAAAUUGUUCAUCAUACCACCUUGGCUGCCACCAUCCCUAACUUCACUACCGCUGCCCAGCUCAAGCUGCAUUUGAACAACGACGAGCAAGGCUACUUCUCCUGCCAGUACUCAGACGCAACAAGUAGUGAGGACCAAGAGCGUGCCAACACCGUCUACAUCUACCUCCACGCCUACAACGUUGAGUGGGCUUUCAUUUCGGAUUCGGAGAAUGAAAAACCCGUGAUAAAGGAAAUUGGGGAUACAGCUGUCCUGGACUGUAGGCCAUCACAUCCUGACUGCACAGUGACGCUCAUGCAUGGAGACAUUGACAAAACUGACGAAGUUCCUUUUGACCCCAAAAUUGGAUUUACUCUCUUCAACUUGACAUCCGCAGACGUCGGGACCUACACCUGCAAGUUGUGCGAUGAAUCAGAAGAUCCCAUACGCACUCUUAGCGUUAAAACCACUAGUACUGGGAAAAAAGUGUGGAAGCCUGCAGUAAAUGAGACUCGUAAUUCCCACGCUGUUGUGGGCUAUACUCUGAGGCUCAAGUGUGUUGCCCACAACGACUCCUUCUCUAAUAUGAAGAUCUCUUGGACACCGCCAGGGGACCAAGUUGUCCACAUCACAACCGUGAAGGAUCUCCGGAAUGAUGUAGAAGUAGUAACUAGUUACGUGGAAGUGUUCAACGUUACUCUUGAGGACGCCGGCCAAUACUUCUGUGACGUGUCAGUGCCUGGACACGAACCUGGACGAAACAGUCUCCAAGUCUCUGUUGCAGAAACGAGGGAUCCCUAUUGGAACCUGGAGUUCACAAACCUGACGUGUGAGGAAGGGCGGGAAGUUGUGUGGUCGGCGGGGGUGGUGACGUUCCCUCCUGACCCUCACAUAGUCAUCACUCAUCAUAACACCACACUUAACUCUACUCAGGAUCGCCACCAUCACUGGUCGUCUUUUCUUGUAACAAUCUUGAAACAAUCCUCGAGACAGAUGAGAGUGUCGUACGACAGACUGAACGGUAACCUAGAGAUCAAAUUCACCCCCGUCGCCGCCAGGCACUUCGGCAUGUACACCGUCACUGUCACUCGGGCCGACGGAUCUACUGAGGUCCUGGAGGCGUUCCUCACAGUGAGCAGCAAGCCCCAGCUGGAGGUGGGAGGAGUCCAGGAGAUUGUAACGCCCGGAUCAGUUGUGAGAGUGAGGUGCCGGGUCAUCGCCUUCCCUCCCCCUACUGUGACCCUCAGCCGUCAGCAGUGCCCCCUGGGGCGCUGUCAGGACCCUGCUGACGAUAUCACAAAUAUUGCAGAAAUCGAAACAGUUGAAGAUAACGAAAUUGCAGCAACUGUGACCAUAACAGCUACAGAGUCUAGUGUGAUCUGGUGCAGCGCCGCCAACCAGCACGGAAACGCCUCAGAAAAACUUAAUAUUUGCGUGAAUGAUGCGGACGAGAGGUUCCAAUUCAGCUAUCACAUAGGUGUAGAGGAGACGGAAGCGAAUGGAGAGAACAUUGUUCUUGCGGAAAACGAUCCCAUCAACAUUACAUGCAGGGGAAACAAUUUUGAUUACCAACAUGUUUCGCUCAAUUUCAUACCCAAUUCUUCAGCUAGUAAAGAUGUCAUGAUUGAAGACAAGUCCAGCAUCUUUUCCCACGUGAGACAAAUUACCACAGCCGGGGUGACGAGGUCCUACGACGGGGUAUACCAGUGUACAGCUUCACCACGAGAGGACCAUCGCCUCGAGAAACACCAGAGACUGAACAUUACUGUUCAAACCGAGGAACGAGUCACGUUCAGUGAUGUGAACAGGAAGGAUCCGGGAAGAGUCAUGGAAUUUCUGCCCAAACAAUUCUUCAAGUUCGACUGUAGUGUGAAGGGAACUCCCCCUAUCAACAUCACCUGGUUCAAGGAUGAUAAGCCCCUCAACGACACAAUCUUCGCGCUGAGCCUCGGCCAGCAGGUCCUCAGUAUCGAGGACCUGAAUGCCCACAAGCAUGCUGGCAAGUACUCCUGUGUGGCCACCAAUCGCAACGGAAGGUACCGGAUUGAAGAUCAUCUGGAAGUUCGUUUUAAAGCUGCUGGCGUCCCACAAGUCACCAAAACUGUGCUGGUCGUGACGGUGGUCAGUUUGGUCGUCCUCCUCUUCGUCGUCCUUUACCUUGCCCGCAAGGUCGUCAAGGAACGCAGGAGGAAGGCAGCCAUGAGGGAAGCCAUCCUGGAGCUCUUCAGGGGAGGCGGGGUCGGGGAGCUGAAUCCUGACCUGCCGCUAGAUGAGCAGGCGGAGCUUCUUCCUUAUGAUAACCUGUGGGAGGUCCCACGUGAAAAUAUUAAGAUAGGUCGACAGCUUGGAGCGGGCGCGUUUGGUCGGGUGGUGAAGGCUGUGGUGGAGGACCUGGAGGCGGGGGACCCCUCCACCGUGGUGGCUGUCAAGAUGUCCAAGUUCCACAACGAUCACAACCAGAUGAGAGCAUUAGCCAAGGAGCUCAAGAUCAUGAUCCAUCUUGGCAAGCACCUCAACAUUGUCAACCUCAUGGGUGCCAACACCUCAAAUAUAGCCAAAGGCGAGCUGUGGAUCCUGGUUGAGCACUGUAGGUACGGUGACCUCCACACCUUCAUACUCCGCAACCGGGUCAACUUUGUCAACCAGAUUGACCCUUGUACUGGACACAUUGACCCCACCAUUGCUGUCAUGGAAUUCAGUUAUCCAAUCCCUGGAAUGAGCAGAAAGGAUUCCUGUUAUCGCGGGAAGAGCUUGAGGAAGACCGUCUACGACGUCUCAGAUGACACACAGGCUUCACCUCGGUACGUCGCAGCAGGGUACAACGACGGCCCCAAGCAUGAAGUCAAUCAUUAUCCAGACGGCAAGCCUCUCUCCGAUGAUACGGAAGCCACUGAGAAGGGGCACUUGAUGGUCGACUCCCACAACCAACAGUAUGUCUAUGACAUAAGCUUGGUCCCUGGAGUCACUUCCCCCUUCACCACCAGUGACCUCGUCUGCUGGAGCUGGCAGGUGGCCAAAGGGAUGGACUAUCUCAGCCACAGGAAGGUGUUGCAUGGGGAUAUUGCUGCCCGUAACCUGUUGCUUGCGGACAACAACGUGGUCAAGUUGAGUGACUUUGGACUGUCUAAGGACGUCUACAAGAGUGAUAUAUAUAAAUUAAAAACUGACGACAUGAUGCCGGUCAAGUGGAUGGCUAUAGAAGCGCUCCGUGACAGGCUGUUCAGUGUUCAAAGCGACGUGUGGGCGUACGGGGUGACGCUGUGGGAACUGUUCUCCCUUGGCUCCACACCCUACCCGGGCCUCACCAUCGACCACACCUUCCUUCAGAGGCUGGAGGAUGGUUACCGCAUGGAUAAACCCAAGUGUGGCAACGAUAAGCUGCAGGACCUACUAAUGCAGUGUUGGGAGACGGAGCCGGGAGACAGGCCAAGCUUCGCACAGAUCGCCCAGCUUAUUGGUCAAUGGCUCUCGCCUGAGGUCAUGCAGAAAUAUGAAGAGAUGAACCUGCAAUAUAUGGACAGCAACAAGAAAUAUUUUGAAACCCAGACAGACUACCUUAAGAUGGUCUCCUCCCCAGUCUAUCAGAAUGUGUUUGACGAGGAAGAAACCAGUAAAGUAAGGACCGACAUAGAUGAGAAGACUGUCUUAUUCACUCACGAGAGAAAUCUAACUCCAUCUCCAGUGAGUGAAGAUCUCUGCUUAUUAAAUGAACAAGAUUUCAAUUACCUGCCAAUGAGUUUAUACAUGGAUCCUAUUCCCGAAACUACUGAUGACCUCAGUCCAGCCGCGACGGACAGAUUGUGCCCGUUGUUGGAAGAACACCAUGCCGCAGGCGAGACACCACAAGCAACGGAGUCAUGCUGUCAAGAUAUCCUAAACAAUAGGCUGUCAGAACAGCGCUCUGGGAACUUGCCAGUAAAUGCGAACUAUGCAAAUCUUCAGCUGGUACAACCACCAGCAACGUCUUGACCUUCGACAUGAACACUAUAAAAUCAGCAGUAAUUUCAUGCUUUGUUAGUUUCUUUGAGAGAAUUAGGUCUUAAGCCCAACAUCAAAUCUAUCAACCUCCGGAGGGUUAUUAAGGCCACCACAACAGCUUACUGACCAACCAGAAAGUAUAUUUUAGUCCUAAACAUAGACAAGGACUAAAGUAUAAACUCUCAGUGCUUAGUGUAUGACUGACAUUGUAAUUAUAAGGUGUGAAGGAUAGAUGAAAUUGUUAAUGUAAUCAUCACCGUUGAGGUCUGAUAAAGACCUUUUGUGCCCUCUGUCAUCCUCCCACUAGCCCACUAGCCACCACUGACGGCAACAUCAAUAAAAAAGAAUCUCAGUGUAUUGUACACCGAGAUGCGGGGUAUACAUUUUUGUGUGUAUAUAUGCAUCAGAGAGAGGUUUUUAUAUGAGGAAAUAGGCUAAAAAUAGGUGGAGGAAAUAGGUUAAAAAAGACCUUGCAGGAGACCCAAAGGACUAAGAGGGGAGACAUAACUAUUUGUUAUAAUAAAUAACAUAAAGGCAUUUGAGGUCAUGGAGUCGCCUGGUACCUCGCAUGAAUAGAGUCUGCAACAUUUAUAUUUCUGAAGCCCCAAAAUAUAUAUAUAUAUAUAUUACUAUUAAAUCAAUGAAAA